AUGCUACGAAGAGCUGCGACAGCGUGCAAACCAGCUGCCAGGACCAGCCCGCCACGUCCCACAACGUCCAGGGGCGCCAGCUCGUCCGCCUUUCCCCCUCCUCCUCCUCCCCGCCUACCGCCGACAGAACGCCCGCCCUUCUUCACAGCCGCCGCGAUCUACCCCUUCAUCCUCGUCUCUCUUCUCUCCUCGACCGCGCUGAACCUUUCCUAUCAGCGCGUUGCGCGGGAACGGGAAGGAGCGCGACUUCGGGCCCAAGUCUCGCUCCUCGAAUCUCUCCUCGCUCGUUUGCGGACUGGGGAAGGACGGACACUAUCCGAAACAGAACAGGAGGAGAUUGAGCGCGAGCUGGAGCUGGUCGGUCUAGGGCGGGGAGCUGGGAAGGAGGUCGUCGAUGCAGAAUCGAGUGUCAAGGUGCAGACGACCUGGAGCGAGAUGCUGUUCGGGAAGAAGGGCAAGGAGUAUCAGGAAGACAACGACGAGACGGACUGGGAUGCAGUACUGCAAGAGGCGGACGCCGCCGAGUCGGCUCGGCAAGCAGGGAAAACAUUCCCGACUUCUGCGCCAACCAUUGCACCUGCUCCUCGACCCGCUCAGCAAUCAUCACCCGCGCCGCUGCCCGCAACUUCGACUCCCUCCUCCGACUCUCGACCGCCACCUCGCGGUGUAUACCUUUAG